AUGAAAUCACGUAUAUACACUGUUAUAUUUAUCAUCUUGACCGUCAUCUCUUCUAUUACUUUCGCAAUUCCGGUGGCCCAUAACACUAAACAUGAAUAUGAACAUGUCGGAUAUGGUGGAAAUAGUCAUAAAGGUCCUGAUUCGAAUGGAGGGUGUGAUCCCAAUGAAUGUUGGGGGUAA